ACACACAUGUCUUCCCUCCUCGCCCUCCUCGCCCUCCUCUCCUCAGCAGCUGCUGCACCCGCCGCGACGUCUACCUGCUCGUCCAUCGCCUACGGCUACCUCAAUGCAGACACUUAUGUCUACAGCGACCCUCUCUCCCUCGUCAACAACACACUCACCUUCGCACCCGCCCUCUACGACGCCAUGCCCCCCAUCCAGUUCCAGACCUGCUCUCCCAAUCACGAGGGCUACUCCAACGUCGACACCGGCGUCAACGGCACCUACGCAGGUCAUCUCUACAUCCCCACCCUCGACCUCUGCCUUGGCGUCGCAGAUACAAACUCUGUCCAGCCCUACACCGUCACAGCCACGUCCUGUCCCUACACCGACAACUCCGCUCAGGACGCGUUCAACUGGGUCAUGAAGAACCAGACCAUCUACUGGGGCGGUAAGACCCACGCCUCGGGCUCUCCCAUCCAGGGCGGCGACUCCUGCCCAGACUUGGGCCUCUUCGGCUACCAAGGCAACGACGUCGCCAUCCCCUCCGUCAUCGGCACCACCCCGCUCAUCUGCGGCUCAUGGGCGGACGUGUACGGGUUCAUCAUUCUCCCCAUCGGCUACACGCGUUGAGCCGCCAUGGAUUACAGUCGUGCUAGAGUGUGGAAAGGCGAGGAUGAGGGGAAAUUUGGGUUUUGGGUUAGAUCUUUACUUUUGGGUACUAGUGGUUAUUAGGGGUCAUAGUGGCGUUUUUCGCGUUUAUAUCACACAAUAUAUCGAGUUUAUGUUUUCAAGAGUC